AUGUCCCCGGAGGUGAGUUGUAGUGGCGAGUUGGAAAAAGUCAUUGCGCCGAAGGGCACAAUCCAAGCCGCGCACGAUACGGAAAGUUUGUAUCAUGUCUCCGCGCAACUGCCUAUAACUCAGAGGAUAGAGAUUAAGGUUAGUUAAGCGGAUCUCGUAUGGCAGUGCACUUUGACCUCUUACUAAUUUUGUGGCUCGCCUCUGCACCCAUUCGAGCAGAUCGUAAUCCUGGUGCGUCCACGGUCUCCAGGCCUGAAUUGCACAUUCGAGAUGGGGCCUUAUAAACGUGCCGAAGACUUUGGUGAAGCAGUCUUCAUCGAAAACUACGAAUGCCCGCUUGAUGGCAUAUAGCAUUGACGUUGCGGCCUUGGCCGCCUUACAGCAUUGUGUAGAAGGCUUUAGGCUGUCUGCAGCCCAAACUCCGAGAUCUUUCUGAGUUUCUGCUUCUUGGAGUGGCAUUCCGUUCAGAUGGUAUUGCCGCGUACUAGGACUCUGAUUUCCGAGGCGCAUAAUGGUGCAUUUGUUCAAAUUGAAGGACAAGAGCCAUCUGUGGGACCACUCGUCCAACCGACAAAGAUUUUCUUGGAAUUUGGUCUCAUCGGCAGCAUUCUGGAUGACUUUCCAGAUUUUUAUGUCAUCCGCAAACAUGGCACAAUCACAGUCCAACCCAUCUACGCAAUCAUUGAUGAACAAGAGAAAGAGAGUUGGUCCGAGCACCGAGCCUUGUGGGACCCCACUCUCUAUGAAUGUGCACCUUGAUUGCUGUUGUUCUACGCAGACAAUUUGGGAGCGGCCGACAAGGAAAUUUUCGAUCCAUUUGAGAAGUUUGCCACCGAUGCCCAUAAUUCUCAACUUGUGUAGGAGACGCUGGUGCGGAACACUGUCAAACGCCUUCCGAAAAUCAAUAUAGGCAACAUGCACGGUGUGUUUUGCGUCCAGUGCUCGUGUCCAACUUUGCAUUGUGUAUAGUAAGUUCGUAACACAUGAUCUUCCCCUACGGAAACCAUAUUGUGUAUUGGACAAGAGGUUGUGGGUUUCCAAGUAAGCCAUCAACUCCUUUUUGAUGGUUUUCUCCAUCACUUUGCAGCAGAUUGAUGUCAGACUGACGGGUCUGUAGUUUGUCGCCUGAGCACGACUACCGCUUUUGUAAAGGGGUAUAAUGUGGGCCGUCUUCCAGUCUGUGGGAAGAAUUCCAGCAUCAAACGAUUUUUGGCACAGAAAGGAUAGUGGCUUGGCCAGCUGUUGGGCAAGCUCAAAGAGCAGCUUUGCUGGAAUCUCGUCCGGACCGGGAGAUUUACAUUGCUUCAAGCUUUUCAGUUCUUCCAAAAUCGCUUCUUCGUGAAACACAAUAUUUUCGAUAGUGGAAUCUCUUAUGUUUCCGGAGAAGAGAACAUCCCAGUCUAUUUGUGAUGCCUCAGCUCUCAUUUGGCGAAAGUCCCCUUUCCAUAUAUUUGGCCUCGUAUUGUCUUUUGUACACGGUUCAGAAUACAGCAAGUACUAUGGGAGUACAGCAAGUACUCCCAUAAAAGCACUGCAUGAUCACUUCGACCGAGCGGGGAUAGGUAGUACACCUCGUCUAUACUGUCAGGAUCUUUGAUAAAAACGAGGUCCAGACAACUGGCCUGUCGCCCUCCACGAGCUCUAGUUGGAAACAGGACAUGGCGCGUGAGAAGAGUUUCUAGAGUUGUCUUUAGUAGAUGGUAAUCGAAGGUAUUCAUCGAGCAUUUCGCAUGCAUAUCGCUCCAUUGAAUGCAUGGUGCAUUAAAGUCCCCCAUGAUAACAACGUCUGGUGGACUGGCGAUCUCUUUUAUGCUUUUCAGUGGACAAGUAUCUGGGUCGGGAUCCGCCUGCGGGGGCCGGUAGAUAGUUAAGACUUCGAGGGACUGAGAUCCCCGCGCCUUUAUAGUCAGCCAAAUUGCCUCUGUGUCGUUAGAAAUCUUGUCGGUCCGCUCACACACUGCUAAGUUGCUCUUGACAUACAUGGCAACUCCUCCACCCCGGCGGCCUCUCCUGUCUCUCCUAAACAAAUGGUAUCCUGUUAAUGCUACCUCGCAAUCACCAACGUCUUCUGACAGCCACGUUUCUGUUAUUGCUAUAGCAUCGAGAAUGUUCAGUGAGGUUAACUUGAAAACUUCUCUCUCAAGCUGCCUCCACUAUUUCUUAUGCUGCAAGAUGUCAGUAGGUAAGCAUUGUGUGAUGUGAGCCGACACAUCUGUGCGGCUUUGGCAGAGAUCCUAUCUGCAUGAGGUAAUAAAACAAGCUUAUUUGUAUACAUUAAACCUACGUCCUUUGUGGUGAAGCAUUCUGAGAGUGAGUUAUUGUGAACAAUUAUGGGACCCGGAAGUUUGGCAGGACCAAAAGACAUGAAACUGCAAUUGGACGAAAUGGACGUAGGUGUGGGAGAAUCGCGAUGUUCAUGUGGGACGACAUUAACUACGUCAGGGAUGGGUCCUCACCAAAAGAGAAUACGGACUGCGAAAUCAUUGGUUUUGAUGUAAGUGUACCAAACCAACCGGACCUUCAUAUUCCGCAGGUACAAAGACCCUAGGGCAGCGGAAGGAUACGGACGAUACACUCAUCACCGACUUAAAGCAGAUCAACCGUAGAGAAAACGCGAAAAUACUGGGAGAUUUAAACUCUCCAGACAUCGGUUGGAAAUCGAUGAAAUGCAUGCGUUCAGAGAAUUCAUUCAAACAGAAACUACUUCAAUUGGUCACUGAAAAAUUCCUUACUUAAUAUGUUACAAUGUACCCUCGAUUCCGUAGUGCGCAGCAAUGAAGCCGUUUGGAUCUUAUUAUCAGGCAUGGAAACUGUGUCCUUGUAUUGACUUCUAACAUCCCUCCGGAUCGAAGUGAGCAUUGUGUCCUUGUUUGCGUGUAAAGUCGUUCUUCUGUAUCUGCAAUUCACACCUUAUAGCAGAGAACUAUAUGGACAAGGGAUUAUUCCAAAAAAAGAACUGCUGACAGAGGUAGAAUGGAAUCCUACGCAUGUAUGUGACCCAAACGCCGCCUGGGUCUUCUUUAAGAAAAUGAUUCGGUACUUGAUAGGAAAUAGUUGUCCGUUUAAAAGGAGAUCGUUCGUCUCCCGACCACAGUGGGUGGCAUCGGAAAUGAAAUGAAGCCCUAAAAAAAAGAGACUGUGGAGGAGGUACACCACAUGUCACAUGCUGCAAACUCUCCAAUGGCUAACUUUCGUUUACAGGACGUGCGCGUUUAAGCAGAAUAAAAAUAAAAUUUUGGAGAUUCUUGAUUCCUAGGUGAAUUACAUGCUUUAGGUUCUGACUGAAAUUCUUACAAUAACCGUUGCCUUCAAUCCUCUUCUCUCGAGGAAGCCCAAACUUUCACAACGCAAUAAUGCUUGUUGGUCGUGCUAGAAGGGCCUUAGCUAUUUUCUCGCUGAAAAUAGCCAAAUUUGCCACUGUACCUAUUCAUCCAUCGAAAAAACUUGUUAUUAAAGCCUAUUCGCCUAUUGUGAUAUCUUGCUUACCUUCACACGAGGCUGGCGAGCAUUGCGCAUUCCUAUCGGACGAUUCUGGAUUCGUUUUGGAAAAUGUGUCUGUGUUUUCCCAGCCGUCAACCUCCAAUCCGACUAAGUUGGCGCAGAUUCGAUUGCCGGCUCAACGUGGUUUGCCUCCAAUUAUUUUUUGAAUUUUUAGAUGUUGACAUUUUCCAGAAUUCGUCCGCCGCGUCUAGUUUUGCUGACUACGAAGGUUCGAAAGCCAAUAUUGAGUCACUUGGUCCCCUAACCCUGAAGAAACUAAAAGUUCCUAAUUUUCCAAUUUUCAUCAUACUAGUUCUCAAAUUUAAGGAUUAAAUGUGCGGCUGAUGUGCAAUGCGAUGGUUACAUCCAUGGGAACGUGUCUAUCGAGACGCCCGGCGUACGCAUGCUUUUGUUUUUAAAUCCAAGUUUUUACAUAAAUUAUUAACAUCAUUGUCCACUUUUCUGCGGACGCCCAAGGCCGCCGGUCACCAUUUGUAGGCUUCAUGUUAGUCCUACAUUCUAUGGUUGUCAUUAGUUAUUCAGAACUUCCUGAAUCUUUUUCUAAUGAACUCUUUAGUCCAUUCGCGUCAGCAACAUAGUCGGGGAAGACUGUGAACUUACUUUCGGUGGUCCAAGCUGCCAUGUUCAGUCAGCCUAUUGCGAAAAUAUGACUCUGAAAGCUCUUCCUCCCGCUGGCACGCCAGACUUCCACGAGCAAAAUCCGCUAAAUAUUCACUUUGGGACGCUGCGAGGCCGCGCAGACAUUGAAGUUGAAGAGGCUGCAAACACUAACAUCGGUGGGUUUUACAUCGCACUGUGUGUUGCUUCACCCUUUUCACUAUUUAAAAUCCGCCUUGCGGUGACGUGUUAGAGAGGAGAUGCAGGCCAGUCUGAUGAAUCGCAUAAUUUAAUGGUCGGAACUGUCGCUCGACCUUCGAUUCCUUGAGCAUUCUCAUGGAUCCUGCGUUAAUGGUCCAUUGUCAUAACUUCAACCUCAAUCCUUGUUUAAUUUUCAAAUGACAAUCCUUUGUGUGGGCCUCAAAAUUCACUUACGAUUAUUGUUCCUAGUUGUUCUGUUGGUUAUUGUAAUAGUCCGUUUUUGCAAUUUUCCCAAAUUUUCAUGUAAACUGCAAUUCCCUCUUUUGUAGGAAGCUUUGAAGGAGCUUUGCGUAUCAGGCAACGAUUAGGAAAUGUUGCCAUCCACCUUGCUGGGGAGUGUCCUUUGAUAGAAAUUGAUGUCGCGGAAGGAGAUGUCUUGUUAAGUCUUCCAGUCAGUUCAGACGGUCUGCCACAGAUCAGUGGUUGUUUUGAUUUGACUGCACCCAAAAUCGAGUUAGACAAAAACAGUCUACCUGCUGACAGUCUCGAUAGCUGGGAUGUCACCGAGUUGCCGGGACUACAGGGUUUCUAUGGUAAGCAUCCAAUUUUAAAUCCCCACACUCGCAAACCCCUCAUCCGCCGCACCAUUGAAACUUAGUAUGAUGUAGCUUUUUAACACUUUUCUGAUGGUUUGAUCCUCAUUUCUUCGUUUCUCCUUGUUAAGGAACCUUUGGGAAGCCGGAUCCUGACGCGCAGCCUAUGUGGAUGGUUCGCACACUCCGUGGUCUGAUCCGUAUCAGCGGCUCCUCCUGGGCCGAUGCAAUGCUAAGGAACCUUAAUUCACAGAAGAAAACUUGA